AUGUAUAAACGGGUAAUUGUCGCGACACGGAAUUUCGAGUGCAAAGCUACGUUUAGUGCGGAGUCUCGAGGUUGGAGCUUGGAAAAACGCAGUAGUAUGACUGCUUUGUAUUCUGCUAUUGAAGACCUCUGUCACUCGGAAACUGUACAAACGAUACUUGUCGCUAUGCCCGGUGCUAUUCGUGUCGAACAGUCAAAUGCAUCGUUACUCGACGAUGUACCCAUCUACAGCGAUUUAUCUACGCCAAAGCCCCUUGAUCCUGCAGCUGAUGUUUUAAACGAGACAGAUCAGGCUAACUAUUUUCACAAUCUUCAAAAUUAUUACCAAGAGCGCAAUACAAAUGCAUCGUUGGAACCGGUUUGGCCCACGGCACCGUCGUGUUCGAGCUUGUCCGACAACCGCUGGAUGGCUUACGCUGAUAAUAUAUUAUGGGAAGUCCUGCAUUAUCGUUUGCCCAUGGUGAACGGACCAGAUGAGCACAAGUGGUGGAGAGCUUACAGAAAGAUAUCCCAGCUGUAUGCAGACAAGAUUGUUUCACUCUACAAGGAGGGUGAUCUUGUCCUCAUCAACGACUUUUACUUAUUUCUCGUUCCGAAACUCGUCCGCACUAAACUUCCUAAUGCCCACAUCGGAUUCUUUCUUCACGUUCCCUUCUGUACAUCAGAGAUCUUUCGUUCGUUGCCUCAUAGAAGUGAUGUUCUAAAUGGAGUGUUAGCAUCUAAUGUGAUUGCUUUUCAGACUGAAUCCUCUGCUCGACAUUUUAUCAGCACUUGCCUAAACGUUCUUGGUCUGGAGACGACGGCAACGAGUGUCGACACUACGGAAGGUUCACGCGUCGCCAUCGUGCAUAUGCCUGUCGGUAUCAAUGUUAGUCGCAUGCGUGCUUUGUGCCAGACAGAAUCCGUUCAAUCCAAAAUUUCCCAGCUUCGUGGCAUAUAUGGCGACGAAGUUCGUUUACUCGUUGGUCGUGACCGACUUGAUCGUGUGUGCGGCGUACUGCACAAACUUCGUGCGUUUCGUGAACUUCUCCGUCGCUAUCCUGAAUGGAGAAAUCGCGUCGUGCUUGUUGAAAUUACAAGCAUUCCUAAAAAUGGCGACGUUGGCGACAUGAACGUAAAAGUCGAGGACCUGAUAACGACUAUAAAUGGUGAAUUUGGUUCACUCUACUUUUCUCCUGUUCAUCACUUUCACCAAUUGAUUAAACAGGACGAAUAUGCCGCCAUUUUGAGCACCGCAGAUGUUGCAUGUGUCUCUUCUAUCCGAGAUAGCAUGAACACAAUGGCAUUGGAGUAUGUUGCUUGUCAAAAAGAAAACAAAGGCACGCUCAUUUUGAGUGAGUUUUCUGGUACGUCUGAAGUGUUAUCUUCGGCAUUGCUCGUCAAUCCGUACGACUAUGCGGGUUUCGCAAAGCAAAUGCACUGCGCCCUUAGCAUGUCUGAGCAGGAACGUGAACAGAGAUACGCUUCACUAUGGCAACAAGUCAGCACAAACACUUCCUCAGCAUGGAUAACGAAUCUUAUAGAAACUAUUGGCAACCAAAUCGUCGCCAUGGAUAUUCACAUAACUACACCUGCUCUUCAAACCUCACAGGUUCUCCCGCUUUACAGGAAAGCUAACAAACGGCUAUUUCUACUUGAUUACGAUGGUACUCUUAUCGCAAACACAAAGAAUGUGCGCACACCUAUUCCAACGGACAAGUUGUUGCGAACGUUAAAGCGUCUCGCAGCUAAUCCCCGGAAUAUAGUCUGGGUACUGUCAGGACGGUCAAAGAAGUUCCUUGACGAAUGGAUGGGUGACAUCUCUGAGCUGGGUUUAUUGGCUGAACAUGGAAGUUAUGUACGUCCACCCCAGAGUUCUAAAUGGCAAGAUUUGACAGGUGAUAUGGAUUUGUCAUGGAAGGACAGUGUCCGCAAUGUUUUGCAAUACUUUACGGAGCGGACACAGGGAUCCUCACUGGAUGAAAAAAAGGCCUCACUGUUGUGGAAUUUUGCAAACGCAAACACAAGCUAUGGAAAGUUUCAGGCCCUUGAGUGUCAAACCAAUUUGGAAGGUUUUCUCAGCAACAAUCAGAACACUGAAGUCGUAUCAAGCAAAUACUCACUUGAGGUUCAUCCCUCCAUGCUUAAUAAAGGUUCUGUUAUUCAACGUAUUUUGAAUUGCUCGCCUAAAGAUCUUCAAUUCGUGUUCUGUGCAGGCGACGACAAGUCGGAUGAAAACAUGUUUGAAGCUAUUCGUGAUCGUUACCGGAAUCGUCAGCAGAACAGCAAGAAACAAGAUACCGAAGCUACCGCCACCAAUCCUGCUUCCGUUUCAACUUUCUGUAUCAGAAUUGGUUACACGGACAAGCCAACGUUGGCCGACUAUCAUUUGCCCUCUGCUAUGGAUUUAUUGCAAGCGCUAAAAGAACUAUCUGGUUAA